GUUAAAAUCUGACCAUGCGUUUUUAGAAAAAUGAAGAAAAUGUAAAAGUUUUACGAAAGGGUGAACUUUAAAAAAAAACCUAAUUAAUAACGGAUUAUGGUAGUAUUUGGGUCAAAAAUAGAUCAAGAAGGAACAACAGAAGUGAUUUUUUUUUUUUUUUUUUUUUUUGAGACUUGAAAGUAACUAGGUAAAGGUAAAGAAGGAAGAAAAUAAAGCACCGCUGAAAUAAUGACUGCAGAUCAGCCUUCGUUAAUCUUUUUCGAUAAGACUAACAUGCAUCAGCCUUUUAUCUGUUUUACAACAGCCUGUGCCUGCGCCUGUGACGAAAGAAAGUAAAGGGUCUGCAUUGUGAGACCAUGAAAAAUGCUACACGGGGAUUUCCCAGUCAUGGCGUCACUGGUUACUACAGCAUGUGCAUGAUCUUGCCAGCCUAACGCCGCCGUGCAGUUCACGUGCACGCCAUUAUUAUUGCACCAUUUCCUCUGAUGAUUCCAACAUCGAGAUUGGACAAUUUUGUAUCGUAGUUUGCUCACAUUCAACUUUCAAGACAACACUUUUGCUUCAGUGAAACAUGAAAAGUUCUUUGCUUAUUUCAGAUCAUUCAAAGAUACCAUGUUCAUAGUAACCUUGACCUAAAGUAAAGCCCAAGGUCAUCAUGCAGAGCAUAUUUUCAUUGAUGUGACCUGAUAUUUUAGUUCGUCAGACGAUAAUUUUGAGGUCAGAAUUCCGGAUUUUGGCAGAUGGCAAUUGGUUUCCAGAGUCGCUAGUUUUAUCCGCGAAAGAAGGAUGUUUGGAAUUCUACAACAGAAGUCUUUGGAAGAAGGAUGAAGACAACAUCGAGGAAGAGUGUCGUUGGUGUGGGCAAGGCGGUUCCCUAUUCUACUGUGACUUUUGCUGCAAGACAUGCAUUCUGCAAGCAGUGCAUCAUGCACACAUUUGGAAUAGACGAAUUGAAACAUUCUCCUUGCAUGGUCUGUUAAAACAGAGCAAAAGUAGAAAGAGAAGGCAAAUGUUUAUGUACACAAGAAUAUAGUGAAUCCACAUGAGAAGGAUAAGAUGCAGGAUGCAGCCAUAGCUGAGGAACUUCAGUUUCUUUUAGGGAACAUCAGCAAUGAAGCUCUCUUUAUGAGGAACUUGGUGCGACUCAAGAAUUCAAUGCCUGACAUGCAGAACCUCCAGAUGCUUCUAAAGCACAUCGGCAAGGUCAAGUCUGAUCUGGGAGAGUUUGAGGCCUGUGUGAAGAAGCAGCUCCACGGCGAUGCCCACAAUAACGAUUUUGUCCUUGAUGGAAUUCCUGAAGGGUCUUCUACAGGAGCCUCUCAGGACGAAGGAGGGGAGAAGGAAGAUAAAGUUGAGAAAAAGAAGGACUUGUCUGCAGUGACAGUCACAAGAAAAAGCAGACAUAGCUCUGCAGCGAGUGAAAGUGAAUCUUCUGAGGAUAGUGAUGAUAAUACCAAGCCCCGAAGAAGAAAUUUAAGCAGGAAAACGGAGAAAUGUGAACCAGAAAAGAUAGACUAUGCCUCUGAAGUAGAAAUGGAACUGUAUGGAACGGCCGAAAAGAGAGAAGAACCAGGAGAGGAAUCAAGUAAUCUUGAAGAAGAAUCUGGUUUUGAUGGAAUUCCUGGAGAUUCUUCUUCCGGAUCCUCUUGGGACGAAGGAGGGGAGGAGGAAGAUAAAGACUCUGCCUCUGAAGAGGAAAUGGAACUGAAGAGGCAUAAGAGCAUUAGAGGCUUGAAGAGAAAAUGUAACCGUGCAAUAGAUAGCGAUGAUGCUUCUGAGAAUGUACCUGAUGCCCAAGACUUGAAUAAUAGUGAGAGGAGACAGAAUGGAACAGGAGGAAGCGGCGGAAGUAGGGAUGAAAAGAAUGGAGGAGGUUAUAAGAAGAGGAAGAAAAGAACAGGCCCAUAUAAGGGCUCCAAGAAAUUACGUCCUUGGGAAAAGAAGAAGGCCCAAAAGAAGACAAAAAGAAGGGACCCAAAUCGGGACCUAUAUAAGAGAGCCAAGAAAAACAAAAAUUCGCGCAAGAAGAGGGCUCAAAAGAAGGCAAAACAAGAUGAAGACUGGACUGAUGGUGAGAGACAGAUUGGAACAGGAGGCGGUGGAAGUGGGGAUGGCAAGAAUCGAGGAGAUGGUAAGAAGAAGAGAGGAAAGGGCCAUGAUGAGGGCACCAAAAUACCACGUCCUUUGUUGUACAUCGAGAUCUCCACAUCCAGCGACGAUGACAAAGAUGAGGACACUUGAAAGGCAAGAAGGCCAAGGCAGCUCCACAGAAAAAGGGCAAAGCCACGAAAAAGAGGAUAGAGAUUGACACUGAUGAUUACUUUACAUCAUUAGAAUCAGACGAUGUCUCAAAUGAAAAGCCGAAGUGAAAACCAGUAACGACAUCUGAGACUGCGUCCUCAAGUGAAGAAUUGUCCGUGGAUGAGGACACCAAGAAAUCAUGUCCUUUGUUGCGCAUCGAGGCCUCCACAUUCAGCGAGGAUGAGGACACUUCAAAGAAAAUGAAAGACAAGAAGCGCAAGGCAGCUCCACAGAAAAAGAGCAAAGCCACAAAACAGUAGAGAAGGAAAAAGAUUGACACUGAUAAUUACUUUACAUCAGGCGCGGAUCCACGGGUGGCCAACGGGCCCGCCCACCCCCCCCCCCCCCCCCCCCCC